AUGUCGAACGAGCUUCGUCAUCUCUCACCGGAAUUCUCGAUUGAUGAAGCAAAGAAAGUCGCAAAUGAAUAUUACAAAUUAAAAGAAUUUGUUUCUCAAUUACCCAGUGAACGCGAUCAAAAUUUUCUUUUCCAAAACGAUGAUCAAACGAAAUUUAUCUUGAAAAUUUCCAAUAUCGACGAAGAUCACUCAGUUCUCGAUAUGCAAAUCUGUGCGAUUCAACGUUUCAAUUCACAAUUACGCACAGUACCUUCCCUAGAUGGGCAAAUGAUAAUUACAUACAAAAAUCAUUAUAUACGUCUUGUUACUUACAUACCGGGCACUCCUCUCGCACGUUUUCAACCGCACAGUCGAAAAUUACUGAUCAAUCUUGGAAAAACUCUUGGUCAACUUGAUCAAUCUCUAGAGAAAUUAGAUCAUCCGAGUAUGAAUCGUGAUCUCUACUGGAAUAUGAACAACGCCGAGAAAAUUAUCAAUGCAUUCAAAUACCUAAUUACCGAGAAGAAUCGUUAUGAAAUUAUCGAAGACAUUCUCCGACGAUGGGUGAAAUUCGUUCGUCCAUGUUUGCCAUCAUUACGAACAUCUGUUAUUCAUAAUGAUGCCAAUGAUUACAAUAUCAUUGUUCAUGAUGAAGAAACAGUCAAUUUGAUUGAUUUCGGUGACCUAUGCCGAAGUUAUGUAGUCUCCGAAGUGGCUAUCGCAUGUGCUUAUGUUAUGUUGGAUAAGAAUGAUCCAAUUUCUGCAGCAAGUUACGUUCUAUGUGGUUAUCAGCAGAUAUAUCCACUGGAACCAAUAGAAGUUGAUCUGAUCUAUUAUUUUAUUUUGAUGAGACUAGCUAUGAGUGUGACAAUAUCCGCUCAUCAAAAACAGUCGCAACCGAAUAAUGAAUACAUUGUAAUUAGCGAGAAGCCAGCGUGGAGUUUAUUAGAAAAAUUAAACGAUUUAGAUUUCGAUUCUGUUCGACAGACUAUUCGUUCUGUAUGUAAUUCGUCUAAUUAG